UUUUGAUUUCGACACAGAAUCGCCCCCAUGCCCAUUGGGCGGCACGCCGUUCCCGCACCAGGGGGGGGCGCAGUUUGCGCGCCCCGAUGCAGCGCGCAGCCACAGUGGCGGUGCCGCGCGCCAAGGACAUCAGUCGCGUUCGCCGCGAGCGAUUCUUGCUUACUAA